AUGGCCAUCGAUCCCAGCUAUCCUCUACUCCCCAUCAUCAACAUCCUAUGCGCCACCCUCCUUUUGAUCCUACUCAUUAUCAACAUGAUCAGGAGGGCUCAAGCUUUCAAUCUGGCUGUCAAUAUACUCGCUUCCUCCUUAUUCCUAACUACAAUGUUCACGGGAAUCGAUAUGAUCGUUUGGGCACAUGAUGGUCACCUCAACUUUCCAUUCGCUUAUUGCGACAUAGUGUCCCACGUGCUGAUGUUCACCUCUGUCGCCAAGCCUUCCUGCACACUGCUAAUCACUCGCCAAUUAUACAACAUCGUCGCGCUGACGUCCACCAGUGGCCUUUCACUCGCUCAGCGACGUCGCAAUAUUAUUGUCGAGCUUGGUAUCGGCGUAUGCCUACCUGCUUUCGUUACCGGAGUCUUGUACUACAUUGUACAACCUGCUCGUUUCGCGGUGUACGAAGGACUCGGCUGCUUCGAUGUCAUUGACAUGUCGGGGUACGCCUUGAUAUUCGUAUACUCCUGGGCUCUUCUCCUUCCACUAUAUUCAGUGGUGUUUUAUUGCCCUCGGAUCGUGAGAUCUCUCGUCAGGCGAAGGAGACUGCAUGUGAAAUUGUUCACUGUGGAACCCUUGACUAUCAAGCCAUUCUGCCCACACAACGGCGAUGAUAGUCUCCGCCUACUCGUUCUUGGCUGUUUUGAUCUACUCAUUUCUCUCCCAUUGGCUGCCCUCACGUUUGGUUUCCAGAUUUCGAAUGCUUUGGCUCUUGGACCCGCUUUCCCUUUUUAUCGCGGGUGGGCGCCGAUUCAUGAGGGAUGGGCGCCUUGGGUCAAUAACUUUGUUCUCGGCAAUCCAUUCGGUCUCCUUAGGGAUUAUAUACCCAUCGUAUCAUCCAUCGUGACCGGAUACGCCUUAUUUACCCUCUUCGGUUGUACUGAGCAAGCACGUACGAUGUACAUGCGCUUCUUCCGGUCAAUCCUGGGCAUUUGUCUUAGAAGGGACCCACGACGUCGUCCUUCUGCCGGCGCAAUGUUGCCACCCAUGCAGUUCGAGGCCGAUAUCCUACUUUCUCCCAGUGUAUCGAUCGACUUGACAGCGACCAUCACGGUGAUUCCUAGGGCGGCCACAUUCGACUUCAACCAGUGCACAGGGAUUGUAUCGAUGUAUGAAGGGAAUGCACUCGCAGCAUAA